AAAAAAACCCGCAUACAAAACUAUCGUUGAAAAUAAUUGUUAUGUUAAUUGGAGAAAAUGGGAGUUUUGGAAAAUACUUCUAUUGUUGGAAAAUCUUUUAAGAAAGAUGAGGGAAAAGUUUGGCCACAGAUUUUGGCUAUAUGUGCAGUAUCUCUCGGUCCUUUGAACAACGGCAUGCAAUUUGUAUGGUCUUCGCCUUUCGCCUUAGUAAUCAGCCAAGACCCAACUUACGAUGUCACCGAAGCCGACACUUCCCAAUUCAUGCUCUACCAAUCCUCCGCCAUGAUCCUGUUCGGUUUCCUCUUUUUCAGCCUAUCGGAGAAAGUCGGCCGGAAAAAAUGCGUCCUUUUCCUGGCGAUUCCUCUCGUUGCCACGUGGUUGAUGCUGAUUUUCGCUAGAACCAAGUGGGAAUUCAUCGCUGCAAGAUUUAUCGCUGGAAUAGCCGACGCAGUGUUUUUUACGACAGUGCCCUCUUAUAUUGGGGAAAUAUCGACACCCACUGUUAGAGGAACUUUCGGAAACACUCCAAUCUUAUUUUUCUAUUUGGGUCAACUUAUAAUCAACACCAUUGGCAGCUAUUGCUCAGUAACACUUUCAGCAUACAUUUGCUUACCAAUACCGAUCAUAUUCUUUAUCUCCGUACUAUUUAUACCAGAAUCGCCCUAUCAGCUUAUUAAAGAUAAUAAACUAGAAGAAGCAAAAGCCAGCUUAAAAUGGCUAAGAAGAAAACAAGAAAUUGAAGAAGACUACGCCGCCAUUAAAGCUGACGUGGAAAGACAAAUCUCCGAAAGCGCUUCUUGGUUGGAUUUAGUUCGAAUACGCAGUAACAUGAGAGCGUUGCGGGCUGGAAUUUUCGUGCGAGUAUCGCAACAGUUUUGCGGCAUAAGCACCUUUGCUAGCUACACGCAAACCAUAUUCCAGCAAGCUGGCACCAGUUUAAGUCCACAAUACUCUUCAAUUAUAUUUACAGGCUUGAUUAUUAUUUUAAAUCUAAUUUUCAGCAUUUCUGUAGAAAAAUUUGGCAGAAAACCUUCAUAUUUUUACUCUUUAUUAAGUGCUGGUGGUGUGCUACUAGCCUUAGCCAUCUACUUCUUUUUGGAACAAUUCCAAUUGGUAAAUUUAGAGCAAAUCAAGUGGUUCCCGUUAGCCGGAAUGUUUUCGUGGGUUUUUGCUUACUCCUUCGGUUUGGGAUUGGUUCCGACUUUAAUGCUCGGCGAGCUGUUUUCGGCGAGCAUCAAAUCCAAAGCCUUAGGAGUUUUAAUGGUGUUUUUCGGCGCGGGCAUAAUGCUCACCAACGCCAUUUAUCAUCUGAUGGUGACCAACAUCGGCAUGUACAGUCCGUUUUUGGUUUACGCGAUCGCGUGCUUUUUGAGUUCGUUUUUGGUUUUGAGCUGGGUGCCAGAGACUAAAGGUAAAACUCUAGAAGAGAUUCAACAGACUCUUAAAGGCAAGAAACUUUAAAUAGGAAUUGUUAACUGGCGAGUUUAUCUGUGAUUAUUUGUACCUAUGUUAGAAUAAUUAUGGCAAUAAAUUUAUUACAACUUUAUUAAUAUACCGAGACAGGAGCCGACUACUAGACACAUAGGGUUGAAUAAUGAGACUAGUUGACUGAUAUACUCAUUUCACUGCAGGAUCGUCACGGUGAAUCAUCUUCGGCAGCACCGCUUCAAUUCGCUUAAACCGGGUAUAAGCUAAUUCGUCUAUGCCUCUAGUAGGUUGGUCUGGUCUGUAUACAUUUUUUCAAAUAACCCAUAAAGACUGUAUUUAUUUAACUAUUGAUGAUCAUCUUUAUCCAACUGAAAAUUUUUGUUUUAUAACGACUCUUGAAAUGUUUACAAAAUAUAUUUUUUCCACUACUAACCUCAGAAAUAGUUAUUAUUCAAUCUAUUUUUCUAGGAAAAAAUUGAAUAUCUCAUCCUUGGUUAAUGAUGAAAAUAAUUAAAAAAACCUAGGUCAAUAAAGAAAAAAUGACGCAAUGACGCGAGGAUAUUGUCUGACGUAUCCGGUUUAUAUGGUUUAAUUUCAAUUUCAACCUGCCAAUCAAAAAAAAAAUGAAUUUCUCUCCCUAGGUGAAUAAUGAAAAUGACAUCAUGUCGCAGAUAUUGUCAUGGCGUGGUGUACCAAGAUUCAGUAGCGUAGCCAGUAGGGGGGCAGCGGGGGGCGAUAGCCCCCCCCCCGCCCUUGCAUGUAUGGCGCCCCUACCACUCUUAAAAAACAAAAGCAAAAGAAAUUAUAAAAUUAUGCUGUUUCUUAUUUAUUUUAUUGACCUCUUCACCCUUUAUUCUUUAUCGUUAGUCGUCAUUGUCUGAUAGUUAUUUAUUUUCAUUUAAGUUUCUGUUCUAUUCUAUUAGGUACACGUAACACCCGUGAAUUUUUCGCCUGCGGCGCGAUUUUCAUCUGUAAUAUUUUCCCCCAAUAAGCCAAUAUCAGAAAAGCAAACAAACAAUAUAGAGUUUCGCAAAAUUAUCCUAUUCAUUUGUUACCCCCCCCCCCCCAAAAAAAAAAAAAGAAAAAAAUUAUAUGCGCCCCUUUAUAUGUUUGCCCCCUCCGCCCCGCGAGGCUGGCUACGCCACUGCCAAGAUUCUUUUGGUUCAUGGCGUUUCCGGUUGGUAGAAUCAGUGCAAAGAAAAUGUAUUGCUAUCUGUUUCUUAAACAGACUGAGAGAAAGAGAUGAAAACGCCAAUAAUUUCAAUUUCAGCCUAUCAAUUUAAAAAAAAAAAAACAAGUUCCUGUAUGUACCUGGGACAUUACUAUGAGCUGUUGAUAGAGUGUAGCAGUAUUGCCAAUAUGCGGGUAAUUACCCGAUUUGCGGGUAAUUUGAAUGAAAGCGGGGUAAUUUUCUAACAUUUUAUAAAUUGAGCAAUUUCGGGUAAUCGAAGCUUUAUGUUAAGUUUUACAAUUUUUGGAAAUUGUCGUAGAUGGCACGGAUGGCCGAUCUGUUAAGGUAAUGUUUCGUUUCUGUCGAGCGUGGCCGGUCAUAUUUGUUUCUCUUUUAUUUUCCCUUCUAUAAAGAAAGAUAGAAAAUAGAAGUUCAAGGAAAGAGAAGGCGAGACCCGGGCCGGCGACAAUCCCAAUCUAUCCAUCUUCUAACCUGCCUAACCUAACCGGCUAAUGCUAAUCUGAAAUAAAUUUUGAUGCAAAAUGCGGCUUUGCAACUUUAACAUUAGGAUUGUUCGGACUAAUUCAGAAUCAGUCCUGAAUUGAACUGCGCUUGCGCAUUUGUUUAUAUAUGUUCAGAUCUUUAUCUUUAUCCUUUUCUCUCCUAUACCCUUAAAAAAAAAGUGUUGUGGAAACAGCCAAACAAUCGUAUUUAUUUUUUAUUAUCACAGUGGCAACGUUGCUGAAAAGCCCCCCGCCGUGAAAACUUUGCCGCUGGUGCCGUACCAGGCUGUACUGCAUCGAUCCAGUCUGGUUGUUGUCGCUAAGGGAAAAAAAUGCAUUCCUUAUAUUUUUCACUUCGCAGUGUGAUUUGUGAUUUUAGUAGUGUGGUUUCACUAGCAGUAAAUAGUGCGUAAAAACGUCUAGCUCUAUACAAGUUUGAACCUGCUCACUUUUCUCUAAUUAUUUAAUUAUUCUCUCUAGUUGCACCCUUGUGCAGUCUCUCUCUCGCUCUCUAAAUAAAAAGACUUAUUUUUUUAUCUCUCUGGCUGCUG